ACCCUCCCAACCACCCCUCCCUCUCACAAACUCCUCUUCCUUUUAUAGCUAUCUUUAUAUAUCAUCGUGCUCUUGUUUGUACGACUAAUCUAAUCUAUCUCACUUUGAAGGGGAAAAAAAAAUGGAAGAAGCAAAGUGUAGCCGAGUGAAAGUGGAGUCAAUACUAAGUGUGGUGUCCGGCAAGCCGACUGAGCCUGGGAAGGUACACAAGUUGUCUAUGCUGGAUCGGGCAAUGGGUUCGCAUACCAUUCAUAUUGUGUUCUACUACGCCUCCAACCCGUUCCUCGAUGGCCCCAUGCCGUCCGACCUUGGCAAUCUCCGGAUCACCCUAUCGGAAUUGUUGGAUGAAUACCCUUAUGUCACGGGUCGGCUGACCUGUGAACCCGAUAGUGGGGAGUGGCUAAUAAAGUUCAACGAUGCUGGGGUCCGGAUGCUCCAGGCCACCGUGGAUGCCUCUAUCGAUGAAUGGCUCGGAUCUGCCGAUGGUGUGGAGGAGCGAGAUCUCACGGCCUGGGAGGAAAUGCCUAAUGACCCUAGCUUUUGGUCCCCGUUUCGUGUCCAGAUAAAUAAGUUCAAAUGUGGAGGAUUAGCCCUUGGAUUGAGCUGCACUCACAUGCACACCGACCUCACAAGCGCCACAAUGCUGUUCAAGGCAUGGUCGGAGGUCCACCGCCGCCAACCCCCCACCCAUCCCCCUAUCUUCGACCUCCCCCCACCGCCGCCGACCCCUACACCAUCUCCACCCACCCCCUCCCCCCUCCCCACCACCCCAACCAAAAUGGCCACCGCCACCUUAAAAUUCUCCCCUGCCGCCGUCGACAAAUGCCUCUCCCAAGCCCCCGCCGACGCCACCCCUUUCGACGCCCUCGCCGCCCUCUUCUGGCGCCGCGUCGCCGCGCUGUCUCCUCAAGCAGCGCCAACCAAGCGCUCUCUCUCCAUAUGCGUCGACUCCAGAGAUCCAAGCCAACACGCGCCCGCCGUGCCUUACGCCUAUUUCGGCAACGCCCUCAAAUUCUCGACUCUCACCGUCGACGCCGACGACCUUCUCAGCGGAGGAUUGGGGAAGGUGGCAGGCCACAUCCACCACCACGUGGCCGGGAUGAAGAAGGAGGAGUUUUCCUCAGAGAUCAAUGCCACUGGGGGAAUGUACGGCAGUGCUGCGCUCACGUGCUUCAACGCGGAGCACAUGGUGGAGGCGGAGAGCGGGCGGGGGAUCAUGUAUGAUGCGGAGUUCAAGAAGGGGGAGAGGCCCGUGCAUGUGAGCUACUCCGUGGGGAAUGUGGCCGGGGAAGGGCUGAUUAUGGUGAUCCCCGCAGCCGAGGGCGGCCGCGGCAGGACCGUCACGGCCACCUUGCCGGAGGAGCAGGUGGCGGAGCUUUGCAAGGAUCAGGUGAUACUUGAUUUGGAGCCUACUUUGAUCCUCUGUGGGAGGAGAUGAGCCUUUUAAUUCAGUUUUGAUAUGAUUUCAGCAAUUCAUUAAUUACUCACUUUUGACUAUGAGUUAUUGUUAUUCAUCACCUUAUCUAUUUGAUUGUAUUUUUUUUUUACAUUUGAUUUGGUAACCAUGGCCUAAAUCAGAUGCAACGGAUCAUGUAUGACUAUUAAUUACUUUUGCUUGUAUUUUAUCUUCCCAGAGAUUUCA